AUGCCCAGUCACAAGAGUAGAAAUGAGUUGGAGUCUUCAGAGUCUAACUUCGUGGAUCUCAUCAAAACCCUGCUCGAAGACCCUUCUGAGAAGAAGCACUUCUUCCAGCAGCACAUCAGGAAGGAACAUCUAACAGAGGACAGCAGGAGCCUGGACUCUGGAGGAGCUGAGAACUCACUGCCAUCCAGUCAAACUGCCAAGAGCUCCUCUGCCAAGAGCUCCUCUGCCAAGAGCUCCUCAGCCAAGAGAAUUAAUAAGAACACCUGCAAACAGUGUGGGAAGGGUUUCAGAUGCACAUCUGACCUGAAACGACACCAAAGUGUUCACACCAGUGUGCAGCCGUUCUGUGAGAAGAGAUUCAAAUUGGAGAGAUAUCUACAACUGCACAAGAAAAGUCACGACGUAGAACCGAUGCACAGGCCUAUUUGCCAGCACUGUGGCAAGAGUUACACUAGUGCAGCUAUCCUCAAAAUACCCAUACGCACCCACACCGGAGAGCGGCCUUACUCCUGCUCAGUCUGUGGGAAGAAGUUCAAUCAAAAGCACACAUUAGUUAGACACCUCCGGAUGCACAAAGGAGAGAGACCAUACCUGUGUAGCGUAUGCGGGAAGGCUUGCUUUGUUUCCGGGGAACUCUUAGUGCACAUGCGUUUCCACACAGGGGAACGACCUUACCGCUGUAAACUGUGUGGAAAGGCUCUCAGCACGUCAUGCGCUCUCACGUCGCAUAAGCGAUGGCACUCAAACGAGCGCCCGUUCACCUGCUCCCUGUAUUCAAAGGGCUUUGCAGAAACUGGUGGCCUUAAAAGACACAUGUUUAUUCAUAUUGAGGAGAAGCACCAUUGCUGCCACGUGUGGGAAAGGAUUUAG